AUGCCGCAUGCCCAAGGGAGCUCGCCCGCGGCCGUCAAGGACGAGCCCGUCGACGAUGCCUCCAUCACCAGCAGCAUCCCCCAGAAUGACGACGAUGAUGUCAACAUGCUCGACGCCAGCCACGCCGCGGCUGACGACGCUGCCGUGAAGAAGACGGAUUCCAAGCUCGACGACCUCUUUGCACACGACGACGACUCGGAAGACGACGACGAGUUUCCGUCCUCGGCGCCCGUCAAGGCGGAGGCGCCGAGCUCACAGCCGCAGAGACCCCCUUCGCCUACGAAACUGACCUCCGUUGGGCGAGACAGAGACCUUUCCGCCCUCAGGGCAUCAGACCCCGAGGUCAUGCGCAGCUUCUACCAGCGCCUGUUUCCCUGGCGCCAGCUCUUCCAGUGGCUCAACCACAGCCCGACGCCCACCAGCGACUUUGGCAACCGCGAGUUUGCCUUUACCCUGCAAAACGACGCCUACCUGCGCUACCAAUCUUUUGCCACGGCCGAUCUCCUCCGCAAAGAUGUUCUCCGCCUCAUGCCCUCGCGCUUCGAGAUCGGCCCCGUCUACACAACAAACCCGCGCGACCGCAAGACGCUGCGCAACUCGUCCGCCUUCAAGCCCCUUGCCAAGGAGCUCUGCUUCGAUAUUGAUUUGACUGAUUAUGACGACAUCCGCACCUGUUGCGACAAGGCCAACAUCUGCACCAAGUGUUGGGCGUUCAUGACCAUGGCUGUCAAGGUCGUCGAUGUCGCUUUGCGCGACGACUUUGGAUUCAAGCACAUCUUGUGGGUGUACUCUGGCCGUCGCGGCGCGCACGCCUGGGUCUGCGACAAGAAGGCGCGCGCCAUGGACGAUCAGAAGCGCAAGGCCGUCGCGGGCUACCUCGAGGUCAUCCGCGGCGGCGCUCAGAGCGGCAAAAAGGUCAACCUUUGGCGGCCGCUGCAUCCUCAUAUCAUCCGAAGCUUGGACUUACUCAAGACACACUUCCAGGAGGACGUGCUUGCCGUGCAGGACCCGUGGUCCACCGACGAAAACGCCGAGAAGCUGCUGCAGCUGCUCCCCGACCGUGCGCUUAACGAGGCGCUGCGGCGCAAGUGGCAGGCCGCGCCGGGCCGCGCGUCGGCUUCCAAGUGGGCGGACAUUGACGCCGUGGCCAAGGCCGGCCACACCGGGCUGCGCAACCUCGAUACGCGUGCGCUCAUGGAGGCCAAACAGGACGUGGUGCUUGAGUACACGUACCCGCGCCUCGAUAUCGAGGUCAGCAAGAAGCUCAACCAUCUGCUCAAGUCGCCGUUCGUAGUGCACCCUGGCACGGGGCGUGUCUGCGUGCCGAUAGACACGACGUCGGCGGGCGGUGAGGCGCUGGAGCGGUUCAACCCGCUCGCGGUGCCGACGGUGCAAGGGCUGCUCGCGGAGAUUGACGCCUGGAAGGGUGGCAACGAUGGAGAGGAUGGUGGGAGCGGUGUGCAGGACUGGGAGAAGACGAGCCUGAAGCCGUACGUGGAGUACUUCCGGUCGUUUGUCGCCGGCGUCAUGCGGGAUGAGCGCGACGCACGCGUCAAGAGGGAGCGAGAGGAUGACUCGAUGGAGUUUUAG